AAAUAUUAAAGAAGCAUAACGUUUCAUAGUUUAUGUACAUUCUACCAUUAAAGAAGCAUAACGUUUCAAAAAAAUUAAUUAAGCCCCCUAUUGAAAGUACAUCUAAUCAAACCCUCGAACUCGUUUAAAAUAGGCAAGUUCUCUUUUAACCGGUAUCAAACAAGUAGCCGGUUACUUUGUACACGUGGCGACACACAUGACAGUUUUUUUCAUUUUCUUUUCAUUUUUUUUCUUUUCUCUUUCUCCUUUCCCCCUUUUCCUCCACCUUCUUCUUCGCGUUUUUCCUUCCCGUUCCAGCAAUGGUCUUCACCACCCUCUUCCAUCUUCUUUCACUCACCCUUUCUUCUCCCACCCAUCAAUCCCAACCAACAUCGGACUCUACAACAAGCAGCGAAUCCAACUCUAAGAUCCGCCGCAAGAGGAAUCUUCCUUUAUUCACCCAAUUGUUUAGCUCCGGGAGCUGUUUGUGGAAUAUCCGACGCUGUUACCUGACUCGGCGGAAAGUAGCGACUAGGGCAGGCCGUUCCUUUAUUCUCCCUUAUUUGUUUUCGAGGGUACCAGCAGUCGAGGACCCCUCACUCCGUAGCUUCAAUUCCUCUGUAGAAGAGGAGUAGGCGGAGGAAGAAUUGCGGGGGUGAAGUGAGGUCGGGAAACUACGAGCAGAGAACUAGAGGGAAGAAAGAAAAGAAAGGAGGAGCAGGAAAGAAAGAAGUCGCAGGUGCAGAGGCGUAUGGAAGAAGAAGGCGCGAGAAAGAAAGAAAUAGAAAAAAGGAAAAAGUGCCC